AUGGCUUUCUCAUCAUCUUCUUCUUCUUUAUGUAAGAAUCGUCAGACCAUUCGAUCCAUUAGUUUGCCAACCAGACCACAUCGCAGCACUCUUCAAGUAGAAGAGGAGCUUACCAAUCUCAAAACAUGGGAGUCAUCUACCUCGCGUAUUCUUGAUGCUAAAAAAAUUUCAAGUGGUCUUGCAAGUCUGGAAAGAUUGUACACAUGCGUUGAUGAUCUUCUCAGUUUGCCACACACCCAACAAGCCCUUUCUCACUAUCAACAUGAGAACUUGGUCAACGAGUUGCUGGAUAGAUCAAUGAGGGUUUUGGACAUCUGUGGUUCUGUUAGAGACUUAGUUUCACAAGUGAAGGAACAUCUAAGAGAUGUUCAAUCAGCUCUAAGGAGGAAAAAGAGUGAUUUCAUCUUAGAUGUUUCUUUCCUAAAGAAACUGAAGAAGGAAUCCAAAACCAGUGUUGCAAAUUUAAAGCAAAUCGAACACUUUUACGGCUCAAAACCUUUGAAUCUCGACACACAUCUCUCUUCUGUGAUUAGAGUAAUAAGAGAUGCUAGUGAAGUCAGCGUUUCUGUGUUUGGAUUGCUCUUGUCGUUUUUUUCGGUGUAUAUUCCAAAGUCGAAGUCUGAAACUAAAUGGUCCAUGGUCUCAAAAUUUAUUCAGAAAGGAGCAACAAGUAAAGAUCAACCUCGAAUUUGCAUGGAGGGUUUCGAUUGCAAUAUUGAAGGCAUUGAGAAUGGUUUGGAUUUGAUGUUUAGGAGGAUGAUCAGAACAAGGGCUUCGCUCCUAAAUAUUCUAUCUCACUAA